ACUACUGACCCUGUAAUUGUAGUCUUCAGUUGUCGGUAUGCUGUGUAGUCUCAGAUACUGUGAUUCAAUCCCAUACCUGCGGUGCUCAUUCGAGGAAAAUUGCAUGUCCAAAAUGUCCCAUACAAGAACAGAAAUCCGAUGGCACUCGCAACAUGGAUGCACAGUAUAUAUUUAUUGACUCACACAGGUUGGCUGUAUACACAUGUACAGGGAGGGAGCAGACAAAUCAGAACAACGUCCGUUUUGUGGCAAGCCACCGCUUCAACUGGUUCCUGCGAGUUCACUCUGGACACGCCUCUUAAAGCUGAAUUCAGGAUAGAGGUGGGUGUUAUUAACCCUUCAUAGUACAACUCAAGGAGUGCCCAGUUACAUCAUCACAAGAAAAAAAUGGACUUUAGUCUACCACAGGAAUGUUCAUCACAGGAAGAUCCUCCACAGGAAUGUUCUCCGCCAGAAAGCCCUGCACUGGAAAGUCUUCUACAGAAAAUUCCUCAACAGGCAUGUCCUCCACUAGCAUGUCCUCCACUAGCAUGCCCUCCUCGCCCUGUUAAAGUGGUAUAUGGCACAAGAAAUACAUUUUGGCAUGCAGAAUCUUUACCAACAUUUCACGAGAUCUGUCUGCACAGCAGUCAAUGUCCCAAAAAACAUUGGCUCUACACUAUGUUUCAUGGUACCACCUAUGCAGCAGCCGUGGAGAUCAUCAAGCAUGGAUUUAAACAAUCCGCAGAUGGCAUGUUAGGCAGAGGAGUCUAUGUGAGCAGAGAUAUACAUAAGGCUAUGAAGUACCCAUUAAACAAUGAUCCCAGAAAGGUUGUGUUAAAGCUGAGGGUAAAUGUUGGCAAAGUAAAAAAAAUAGAUUAUCCGAACCACCCAUUACAGAAGACAUGGAAUGCUCAUGGCUAUAACACUGCCUGGGUUCCACCACACACCAUGAACCCUAGUGGACAGGAGGAAGAUUGUGUCUUUAAUCCUCAAAGAAUUAAAGUGAUAGACAUUGUCCAUGGAAAUCCUGAUGAUGUUAAAAAACUGAAGCGUUUACUCCACCAUCACUGAAUACAGCUUUAUGCAUUAUGCAUAUGAUAUG